UCUGCCCUCAAAAUCCUCCCGCUCUAGGAGCCUUCCCUGAGCCGCUUGGGUGGGGGUGACCCCAGGGUCAUCCGUGCCAGUGCCCCCUCCCAGAGCGAUGCCGUCCUGAGACGGGGGGGCUGCGGGUGUGAGCCCUGCCCUUUGUCUCCCCAGAUCCGCCCGCCCCGAAGCCAGACCUGGAGCAGCAGCAGGAGAUGGUGGGCCCCGUGCACCCGGCAGCCCGGGCCCCCCUGGAAUUGGUAACAUUCAAGGAUGUGGCUGUGGACUUUUCCUGGGAGGAGUGGGGGCACCUGGAACCUUCUCAGAAGGAGCUGUACCGGGAGGUGAUGCUGGAGAACUACAGGAACCUGGUCUGCCUCGGGCUUGCCAUUUCCAAACCAGAUGUGAUCUUCCAGCUGGAGCAAGGAGAAGCACCUUGGAUGCCAGAGAGAGAAGGCCCAAAAUGCAGGUGUGCAGACUGGAAGACUAGGCCAAAGCUGGGCAUUUCUAUGGAUCUGUCAUUCCUGGAAAUACUCCCAAGAGAAGGCACCUGUCACUCCAAGUUGGGAGAUGCUUAUGAAUGUAAUGCCAGGUUAAAGAGGAAGCAGAGCAAGGAAGAGAAGCAUUUUCAGCAAGUAAAAACCAUCCAGAGGAACUCUCUGAAAACCGUGAAGGACAGUGAAUGUGAUGAAUGUGGCAGAAGGUUCAGUCUGGAGCCAGUCCAUUCUCUCUACCAGGGAGAACAAAGAGGAAGAAGGCUCUGCAAGUGUGAUGCAGACAAAAAGAGCUACUCACUCAAUUCAGACCCAAGUAGAAGCAGCGAAUUUAGCUCAAAGAAGAUACUUGCCAAGCAUAAUGAAUAUGACAAUUCCUUCAGCCAUAAUGCCAGCUUUACUGACUAUCAAAGAAAUUGUACUGGAAAAAAACUCAGUGAAUAUGAUGAAUGUGAGAAAGCCAUAGGCACUAACUCGUGCAUUGCUUCAUAUCACAGAAUUCCUUCUGGAGAGAAACCAAAUACAUUUGAUGAUUGUGGGGAGACCUUCCAGAGCCCACAACUUACUGAACAUCAGGUAAUGCCUCCUGAGGAGAAAGCAUAUGAGUGUAAUGAAUGUGGGAAGACCUUUAGAUACAGUUCAUCUCUUACUUCACAUCACAGGAUUCAUACUGGAGAGAAACCCUAUGAAUGUAAUGAAUGUGGGAAGACCUUCAGACACUGCUCGUCCCUUACUUUCCACCUCAGGAUUCAUACUGGAGAAAAACCUUAUGAAUGUAAUGAAUGUGGGAAGGCCUUUGGCCAAAGCAUACAACUUCUAGGACAUCAGAGAAUACAUACUGGAGAGAAGCCUUAUGGGUGUAAUGAAUGUGGGAAGACCUUUAGACACAGUUCAUCUCUUAUUUCACAUCACAGAAUUCAUACUGGAGAGAAACCUUAUGAAUGUAAUGAAUGUGGGAAAACCUUCAAACACAGCUCUUCUCUUACUUACCAUCACAGAAUUCAUACUGGAGAGAAAUCAUAUGAAUGUAAUGAAUGUGGAAAGGCCUUUCGGGAGAGUUCAAAGCUGACUCGACAUCAGCGAAUUCAUACUGGAGAGAAACCUUAUGAAUGUAACAAAUGUAGGAGGGCCUUUAGUCGGAGAACACAACUUACUCGACAUCGGAGAAUUCAUACUGGAGACAAACCUUAUGAAUGUAAACAGUGUGGGAAAGCCUUUUGUCAGAAGACCCAGCUUAACAAACAUCAACGAAUUCAUACAGGAGAGAAGCCAUAUGAGUGUCACGAAUGUGGAAAGGCCUUUCGCCAAAGAUCACAUCUCACUUGCCAUCAGAAACUUCAUAUUGGAGUAAAACUUUAUGAAUAUAAUGAAAAUCAAAAGGAAUUUAGUCAUAUACCUUGCUGAAUAAUCUAGAAUGCAUAUUAAAAAGAAACUGUAGGUGAAGCAAAUUCUUCUUUAAAUUCCAACAGCUAUUCCACACCUUUUCUUCUCUAGUAUCCAGACAACUCUCUCAUCCAAUCCCAAGACUUACUACAGCUGAACUUCCUCAUUUUCUCAGUGGGUAUAUUUCUGGUAGGAGCUCACGCCCUCAAUUUAAUUCUUUAGAAAAUUUCUGUGUCACCACUGCUUUCUUUUCUAGUCUUUUUGUAUUCCUAGUACACUGCCUGGCACAUAGCAGGCACUUAAUAAAUGUUUAUUGAUUGACUGGCUGACUGCUUAGUCACAAAGGAAAGGUAUCCAUAUUCUUCCCUAAAGCUAAUUCCUCUUUCCGAAUCCUUGAUGCUAACUUUCCCAUCUGUUCAAGAAUCUUACUCAUAUUUCUUAAAUCCAGAGAGAUUUCCUACAUCCAGGACCUAGAGUCUGGAAAACCUGAGUCCAAAUUCCACUCCUGGACAUCUAGGUUAUGUGACUGUGAAAAAGUUUCCUCAAUGGUAAAAUGGGGUUAAUAAUACAUACAAAUGCAUGGGGUGCCUAUGAGGAUAAAUUAAGGUAUAAUAUAUGUAAAAGUAAUUUGCAAACUAAUAUGUUAUGUAAGUGUCAACAGUUAUUAGUAAUAUUCCAUCCUUCUUUACUAGAGCCUUCGUGGCUGCUUAAACCAUGUGCAUGUGUCCCCAGUCAUA